CUUGGUCUGCUCUGUCUGCUGCUGAAAGUCCAUACAAUAACAAUGGCGAUUUGAAGACCGACAAUUGGGAGCUAUCGAAAUUGUUUAAAGUGCAAGUGUGUGAAGUGAGCGAGUGAGGUGUGGGAGUGAGUGAUCAUCGGUUCCAUAACCACACAGCUGUCUUAUCUUCUUAUCGCUUAUCAUCAUUGUUUACCAUUCCUCUCACUUAUCCACUUUUUUAACUAGAGAGCAUCAUCCCAAAUAGACAACAUCAAAACAAUAAUUUUCUCCGACAACCCAUUUGUAAAUAAUCAUUUUAAAUUGCGGAAAACUUAUGAACUCACAAUUUAUGAAUUCGCCUUAAAAUAGUAAUAUUUCUGUGGGCAGCUAUUUGUUUGGGUGCAGCUUUUGUGCAAAUUUUGUCUUUCUUGUCGUCGUCGUGCAGGCAGCUAACUGCAAACUACAUAUUUUAAUUACAAAAAGACUGAUCUUGGUGUAACAUAGCUUUCGACGAAAGGCUUUUUUAAUUGAUCUGGAACUGGUGGAUAUCAAAAAAGAAUCUCUCACCUCUCGAAACACAAACUCUUUUAAAAUAACGAAAAUCUCAUCCAAGAAACCUCAGAAGAAGGAUUGACGACGACUUUUAAUUGUUUCCUGAAACGCUUCAUGUUCUUACUAUUCUGAUUUUUAAUUUUCCCAACUACACAGGUUGUUUUACUAAUUGACAGCGAGGAUGACGACAGAUAUCAGUGUGAACGUCCGAUGGGACCCCCAAACGCAACAAGACAUUUACGAAGAUAUCGAGUACGAUGGAGGAAACUCCUCAUCUCGACUCUUUGAAAGAUCCCGUAUCAAAGCUCUUGCCGACGAACGAGAGACAGUCCAGAAAAAGACAUUUACGAAAUGGAUAAAUUCUCACCUGGUUCGAGUUUCAUGCCGAAUCAGCGACCUUUAUACAGACCUUCGAGAUGGAAAAAUGCUCCUCAAAUUACUGGAAGUUCUUUCAGGAGAAAGACUUCCUCGACCAACCAAAGGAAAAAUGCGAAUUCACUGCCUGGAAAACGUAGACAAAGCAUUGAGUUUCCUGAAAGAACAGAGAGUGCAUUUGGAAAAUAUGGGAUCCCAUGACAUUGUUGACGGCAGUUCCCGUUUAACUCUGGGUCUCAUUUGGACAAUUAUUCUCCGAUUUCAGAUUCAAGAUAUCACAUUUGAGCAAGUGGAUAGUAAAGAGACUAAAUCCGCCAAGGACGCUCUCCUGCUAUGGUGCCAGAUGAAAACUGCGGGCUACUCGAAUGUCAAUAUUCGAAACUUUACGACUUCUUGGAGGGAUGGGCUAGCCUUCAACGCAUUAAUUCAUAAACACCGACCAGACUUGAUUCAGUAUGAAAAACUGACCCAUAGCAAUGCUAUGCACAAUUUAAACAAUGCGUUUAAUGUCGCCGAGUCAAAAUUGGGUCUCACCAAACUUUUGGACGCCGAGGAUGUUUUUGUGGAGCAGCCUGAUGAAAAGUCAAUCAUUACCUACGUGGUUACGUACUACCAUUACUUCUCCAAACUGAAGCAAGAGACUGUGCAGGGAAAACGUAUCAGCAAGGUUGUGGGCAUUGCGAUGGAAAAUGACCGAAUGGUCAAAGAAUAUGAAGGACUCACCUCAGACUUACUCAAGUGGAUUGAGCAGACCAUCGAACAACUUGGAGACAGGAAGUUUGCUAACUCCUUGGGUGGCGUGCAGCAACAGUUGGGACAGUUCAACAAUUACAGAACUGUGGAAAAGCCUCCAAAAUUCGACGAGAAGGGCAAUUUGGAAGUACUCCUUUUCACACUACAGUCACGAAUGCGAGCAAAUAACCAAAAACCCUACACUCCGAGAGAAGGAAAGUUGAUUUCCGAUAUUAAUAAAGCUUGGGAACGUCUUGAGAAGGCGGAGCACGAACGAGAGUUGGCCCUCCGAGAAGAACUCAUCCGGCAAGAAAAACUGGAGCAACUUGCUGCUCGUUUCAAUAGAAAGGCCAGUAUGCGAGAAACUUGGCUGAGUGAAAAUCAACGCCUUGUGUCGCAAGACAAUUUUGGCUUCGAUCUUCCCGCAGUUGAAGCCGCUGCUAAAAAGCAUGAAGCAAUUGAAACCGACAUUUUUGCAUACGAAGAGCGCGUACUUGCCGUCGUCGCUGUUGCCCAAGAAUUGGAAGCAGAGAAUUAUCAUGACAUUGAAAGAAUUAAUAGCAGAAGGGAAAAUGUGUUACGAUUGUGGGAGUACCUGCUCGAGUUACUCCGGGCACGCCGUCUACGAUUGGAAGCAUCUCUCCAGUUACAACAAGGAUUCCAGGAGAUGCUUUACAUUUUGGAUUCAAUGGAGGAAAUAAAAAUGCGUCUCUUGUCCGACGACUACGGCAAACAUCUCAUGGGAGUUGAAGAUUUGUUGCAAAAACAUUCUUUGGUAGAAGCUGACAUUAAUGUUCUUGGGGACCGAGUGAAGGCGGUUGUUCAGAACUCUCAGAGAUUUAUUUCCGAUGACAUGGACACAACCGGUUUGGAGGGAUAUCGACCCGCUGACCCAACCGCUGUUAUGGAACGAGUGCAACAAUUGGAAGAAGCCUAUGCGGAGCUCGUGAAACUGGCAAUAGAGAGACGUACUCGACUAGAAGAAAGCCGUAAAUUAUGGCAAUUCUAUUGGGAUAUGGCAGAAGAGGAGAACUGGAUCAAGGAGAAAGAAAACAUUUUGUCCCAGGCUGAUAUUGGUCAUGACCUCACAACUGUGCACCUUCUCCUCUCCAAGCAGAAAGCCCUAGAGAGUGAGAUUAGUAAUCAUGAAGGACAACUCAACAGCGUUGUCAGUGUUGGUCAAGAUCUCGUCGACUCCCAACAAUUUGGAGCCGAUAAAGUUCAAGAGCGAUUACAAGAGAUCACUAGUCUUUGGCAAAAUCUCAGAGACCUCUUGGUCUACAGAAAGAAUCGUCUCACUGAGGCUGUCGACUACCACCAGUUUUUCACCGAUGCUGAUGAUGUCGAUACAUGGAUGCUCGACAUGCUUCGGUUGGUGUCCAGUGAGGAUGUAGGUCGGGAUGAAUCGAACGUGCAGUCGUUACUCAAGAAGCACGAUGACGUUACUGAAGAACUAAAGAACUACACGAGCACUAUUGACGCCCUUCAUCAACAAGCACAACAACUUGGAGAACAGGACCGAGACAGCCCGGAGGUCGUGGAGAGACUUGCCAGCAUUGAUCGUCGAUACAAGGAGCUUACUGAAUUAGCAAAGCUCCGCAAACAGAGACUGCUGGAUGCAUUAUCACUCUAUAAACUCUUCUCAGAGUCGGAGGGAGUCGAACAAUGGGUUGCAGAGAAGGAACGAAUGUUGGACACCAUGGUGCCUGCAAAGGACAUUGAAGACGUUGAAAUUCUAAAGCAUCGUUAUGACGGUUUCGACAAAGAAAUGAAUGCAAAUGCAUCCCGAGUUGCCGUGGUCAAUCAACUUGCGCGUCAACUCCUUCAUGUGGAACAUCCCAAUUCUGAGGAAAUUGUGAGCCGGCAAAAUCAACUGAAUGCCAAAUGGUCGGAAUUGCGAGAGAAGGCUGAAGCUAAACGAGACGAGCUGAACUCUGCUCAUGGACUUCAAACGUUCCACAUUGAGUGUCGCGAGACAAUUGCAUGGAUUGAGGAUAAGACUCGUAUAUUGGAAGAAACGGCAAAUCUGGAAAUGGACUUGUCUGGCAUCAUGACUUUACAACGGCGACUUUCGGGAAUGGAGCGUGAUUUGGCAGCAAUUCAAGCCAAAUUGGAAGCUCUCGAGAAGGAGGCUGACCGAAUUGCUGACGAACAUCCUGAAGAAGCUGCUGUGAUUCGAGAGCGCAUUGAUCAGAUCCGAACAGUAUGGGAACAACUAACUCAAAUGUUGAAAGAACGUGAUUCCAAACUUGAGGAAGCCGGAGACCUUCACCGAUUCCUCCGAGACCUUGAUCACUUCCAGGCUUGGCUAACAAAAACACAAACGGAAAUUGCAUCCGAGGAUGCUCCAAUCAGUCUGGCCGACGCAGAAAAACUCCUCAGUCAACAUCAAAAUAUCAAGGACGAAAUCGAGAACUAUGUCGAGGACUAUGAGAAGAUGAUGGAGUACGGAGAGCGAAUUUUUACGGAUCCUUCCACUCAAAGCGAUCCUCAGUACAUGUUCCUUCGUGAGCGUUUGAAGGCCUUGAAGGAUGGUUGGGACGAACUUCGACAAAUGUGGGACAACCGCCAGGACUUUUUGUCUCAGAAUCUUAAUUUACAAAUUUUCAUGCGCGAUGCAAAACAGGCUGAAGUUCUCUUGUCACAGCAAGAACACAUCUUGUCCAAGGAUGAAACUCCCUCCAAUUUGGAGCAGGCAGAGAGUCUAAUCAAGCGACAUGAAGCUCUGCUUACAACAAUGGAUGCUAACGACGAAAAGAUCAAUGGAGUAAUUCAGUUUGCUUCCAACAUGUGUCGUGAAGGUCAUUCACAAGCCGACAAGAUAGCAAAGAAGGCGGACAGCAUCCGCGAAAGACGAGAUAACAAUAAGCAAAAGGCAUUAGAGCAGCUAGAGAAACUUAAGGAACAACUUCAACUUCACCAGUUCUUGCAAGACUGCGAAGAGUUGGGUGAAUGGGUACAAGAGAAGAGCAUGAUUGCUCAAGAUGAGACAUACCGAAGUGCUAAGACGGUUCAUAGCAAAUGGACUCGCCACCAAGCUUUCGAAGCUGAAAUUGCGUCCAACAAGGAUAGACUUACUGCCAUUCAGGAAGCCGCACAACUCCUAAUGCAAGAAAAACCAGAGUUCGCUCAGUAUCUCAAACCUAAGGUUUCAGAACUUGAAAGUCAUUUUGAUGACUUGGAAAGGUCCACCAAAGAAAAGGGCGAGAGAUUGUUUGAUGCUAACCGUCAAGUUUUGUAUGAACAAACUUGUGAUGAUAUCGACACCUGGAUUACUGAUCUGGAAAAGCAAAUAGACCAAGGCGAUUAUGGUGCAGAUUUAGCAUCUGUCAACAUUCUAAUGCAGAAACAACAAAUGAUUGAAACUCAAAUGGCUGUGAAGGCGAAACAAGUCACAGAGCUUGAAAACCAAGCCGAAUACCUUAAGCAAAUGGACCCUGACAAGGUGGAGGAGAUUGUUGCAAAGAAGUCUACCGUGGAAAGCAGAUUUUCCAAGCUAAAGGAUCCCUUAGUGCAAAGAAAGCAACAACUUGAGAAGAAGAAGGAAGCAUACCAAUUCCGUCGAGAUGUUGAGGAUGAGAAGUUGUGGUGCGACGAGAAAAUUCCCCUGGCUAACUCGAACGACUUGGGCAAUAGUCUGUACAAUGUUACCAUUUUGAAGAAGAAGAACAAGUCGAUGAUGAAUGAAAUUGAGAACCAUGAGCCCAGAAUCAUUACAAUUAUUCGUAACGGAGAGAAGCUGAUAGAUGAAGGACAUCAAGAUUCCGAUGAGUUUGAGAGAUUAAAUAACGAACUGAAAAAGAAAUGGGACGAACUAAAGGAUGCCGUUGAUCAACGGAAGGAAAGACUAAUUCAGUCCGAAAGAGCCCAGCAAUAUUUGUUUGACGCGUCUGAGGCUGAAGCCUGGAUGUCGGAGCAAGAACUUUACAUGAUGGCGGAAGAUAGAGGCAAAGACGAGAUUUCCGCUCAAAAUCUAAUAAAGAAACACGAAGCCUUGGAGAAUGACAUUGACGACUAUGCGGACACUAUUCGACAACUGGGUGAAACUGCUCGACAACUCAUUUUACAAGAGCAUCCAGAAAGCGAUAAUAUUGGUCUGAAGCAAGCCCAAGUUGAUAAACUUUAUGCCGGCCUUAAAGAUUUGGCACAUGAGCGAAGAUCUAAACUCGAAGAAGCAUUGAAACUGUUUAUGCUGAAUAGAGAAGUUGAUGACUUGGAACAAUGGAUUGCUGAACGUGAGGUUGUCGCUAGUUCACAUGAAUUAGGACAGGACUAUGACCAUGUCACGAUGUUAUGGGAGCGAUUUAAGGAAUUUGCACGAGAGACGGAAUCCACCGGAAAUGAACGAGUUGCCUUAGUCAACGAAAUGGCUGAUGGACUCAUUGCCAGCAAACAUUCAGACGCAGCAACCAUUGCCGAAUGGAAAGAUGGACUGAACGAAGCAUGGGCUGACCUCCUUGAACUGAUCGACACUCGCACGCAAAUGCUGGCUGCUUCCAGAGAACUCCACAAGUUCUUCCAUGACUGCAAAGACGUACUGGGAAGAAUUGCAGAGAAACACUGCUUCUUGAACAGUGAUGAAGUUGGUCGAGAUACCGGUUCCGUCUCUGCGCUGCAGAGGAAACACGUGCAGUACAUGCAAGACCUCCAAGCUCUACAGUCCGAGGUUGAGCAAAUUCAAGACGAUUCGCGAAAACUGCAAGCCGCAUAUGCUGGUGACAAGGCGAAGGAGAUUACCAACCGAGAAGCUGAAGUUGUUAAUGCAUGGAUGAAUCUCCAAGGAAUGUGCGAGGCUAGAAAAGUCAAACUCGGUGAUACUGGAGAUUUAUUCCGAUUCUUCAACAUGGUCAGAACAUUGAUGCUCUGGAUGGAUGAUGUAAUUAUCCAGAUGAAUACCUCUGAGAAGCCGAGGGAUGUCAGCGGUGUCGAGUUGCUGAUGAACAACCACCAGAGUCUAAAGGCUGAAGUUGACGCAAGGGAGGAUAACUUUUCCGCAUGUUUCCGCCUUGGAAAAGAACUUUUGUCUCGUAGUCAUUAUGCCGCAAACGAAAUCAAAGAAAAGGUCGUUGGUCUGACAAAUCAAAGGAAUGGCAUGCUGCACCGAUGGGAAGAACGAUGGGAACAUCUUCAACUGAUCCUGGAAGUUUACCAAUUUGCUCGCGACGCAGCAGUUGCCGAGGCAUGGUUGAUUGCCCAAGAACCAUACUUGUUGAGUUCCGACUUAGGAUACACAAUUGAUGAAGUUGAAAAUCUGAUAAAGAAACACGAAGCAUUCGAGAAGUCUGCACAAGCGCAGGAAGAACGAUUUAUUGCACUGGAACGAUUAACCACGCUGGAAAUAAGAGAGCACGAAAAGAGUAUGGGGCAGGAAGGGGGAUACUACCCUUAUGAAAUGUUUGAAAUUCGAGAUCGAGAAAAAAGAAAACGAGACGAUGAAGAACGAAGACGUGCCGAAGAAAUUGCAAAGAAAUCGCCUCCCAAGUCACCCGAUGAACGGGACGCUGGCAGUCGGUCACCUGAACAAACUUCACGAGACACCUCUGUUCACUCUCCACCCUCGGCCGGUCGGCCACGAGCCAUUUCUCCACCACCCGUGGUUCCUGAGGGCAAGAAACCAAAAGUUGGUAAAAAACCAUCAGUAAAGUCCCCAAGGAUGACGCCGUCCCAGUCUUCAAGGGUGUCCUCUCCCGUUUCGCCCAGCAGUUCAACCGGACACAAUCCGUAUGAUGACGAUGACUUUGUUUUCGACGCCAAUUCCAAGAAAGGCAGUCGGUCUCGGUCAAAAUCACCGUUUAGGAGUUUCCGCUGGAAAAAAUCUAAGAGUUCUACUUUAGAAGCUAUUCCAGGCGGUAGCGCGUCUGAUGACGAAUCCAAUAUUCAGAAAUACAAAGAACGGCCAGGUCCAAGUGAAGAUGGUGUAAUUGAAGGUUCCUUGAUAAGAAAGCAUGAGUGGGAAUCAACAACAAAGAAAGCAUCCAACAGAUCUUGGUCUGCAGUCUACACCGUGUUGAAGGGAGGUUCUCUGCUCUUCUACAAAGACCAGAAGAACUUUAAAACUCAACCCGAUGCGUAUUUCCGUGGUGAAAACCCUGUGGACCUUUCCAGUGGCAAUGUUGAAGUUGCAUCCGACUACACCAAGAAGAAAAAUGUCUUCAGGCUGAAGUUAUCCUCUGGAGGAGAAUACCUAUUCCAAGCACGAGACGAUGAGGAAAUGAACCUGUGGGUUCGAGGAAUUCAGGAAGUUAGCCUAGAAGCUGCUGGAGCAGGACCAUCGAGAGCUCAGACACUUCCAGCCUCCUCCAUGGAAAAGAAGGAUGAGCCAAAGAAGAGAGGAUUUUUUACACUGAAGAAGAAAUAAAAUUCACCAGAAAGGCUUUAUACUACAAUUUAAGCUAGAUUAUGUAUGUUACAAGUAUUUAUAAGACGAAAACUUGGCUAGUUGGAUUUGCUUUAACACUGACGACACCAAAAUAAGAGGAUCAGAAUUAGCCUUACCCCCUCCUCCUCAUAAUUAUUAGGUUGAAAACAACAACAUACAUGAAGACACUUUUACUGCUUCUCAACAGCAGCAUUAUCUGGUUCGCUAUACAUAAAUACGUAGGUUCAACUAAUUAUGGAAUAAGGUUUCUAAAAUUUCUCUACUAUUUCAUUUUUGAUGAACUAUAUACGGUGACUUCAUGACUUUUUCAUAUGGACAACAGGUUACAAUUAACAUGCUGACCCUCCUGCUCCCAACUAAUUCUUCUAGACAUUCUCUGUAAAAGCAGUUCCUCAACAUGGGCAAAUUUACUUGGACAAUUUUUGACAUUGCUUACCAUGCCCAACCAACAAAUAGAUUUAGUAGAUUCUAUUUAGUUUGAUGAUAUGCGCUUCCUAUCUACGCUGUAUGCCUCUCGUUUAUAAAAUGUUUCUACGUUUGGACAAGAAGAUUUGGUGUUGUGACUGAAAAAAAAAUCGAAAAGUGAUUAGUAGAAACGAAUGUAAUACUGUUUAUGAAUAAUAACUCCCCAUCUUGUACAUUUUGACUACUUGAACCACACCAAGUUUCCAAUAUCUUUACUUAUCUUGUCAUAUUCAAAGUUGUACUGCCAUUAGUGUUAGCAAAGAUAUAAAUCCACUCAACACACACAUGAUAAGCAUUAAUGGAUCCUGAGCAAGUGAGUGUCAGAAUAACAAUAAUACUAAUAAAAUAAUAAUGAGUGCGACGACAUGCAGGGCAAAUGCGAAUAUAUCGCCAAAUACCAACAAAACAAAACUUGCAGAAUUGCCUUCAACUGUUUUGAACCCACAGUCACUGCAGUGAUACACAAUAAUAAUGAUGAUAUGAUAAUUUUUUGUCUCCUCAAUGUUGUAUCGACAUGAAUUGUUACUACAAACUAUAAAUACUAGAAAACAGUUAGUGGCUAAUCGAAACUGAAAAAUUCCAAGUUCGUGUUUCACAUUAUUAUCGUUAUUAUUAUUAUUUUAUUCCCGACAGUCGACAAGGGAAAAGUUCCAUACUUGUUUAAAAAUAGCAAAAUUUUCAUAGUUGCUACUUGGCUAUGUAUAAUAAUAAUAUUGCACUGAAGCUUUUCUUACCUGCAUUGUAUUCACGGAUUAGGUUUUGGAACAUUUAUGAACUAACGUAAUGAUAUAAAAGCAUACUAUGUGGGCACCAAAUUGAACAAUUAGUAGCGUUAAAUAAUUAUGAAAUGAAGACUAUGCAAAGCUUUGUUUGCUUGACUAUUAGUUGUUGUAAAUAAGUUGGUUUAUGCAUGUAAUACGAUAAAACUAAUUACUAUUAAUUAAGGUUUACCUAACGUUUAGGAGUUUUAUUGGGCCUGCUAGCAAUUGUUUAAUGGUGGAAGCGAGAGAAAUGUCAACUAAUCUAUAAGCUAGAAACGAAUGUUACCUUUUUAAAUGUCUAGUGAAUUGUGCUUGAAUCAGAGAUAUAUGAAAUACUGGUGUAGCAAAAAGGUUUAAAAAAAUGUCAUACAUGUCGCAACAAAAUUAUUAUGCCGAUUCCUUUAACCGACUAAAAGUAAGAUGUUGUUAAUGCUGCUGCUGACGAUGCUGCUAUAAUUUUAGAACCUCUGUACGUAAGUAAGUAGUGUUGAGUGUGUGCUACCUACCGUGUCUGCCUAAGCAGCAAUAUAAUAAUUCAUGACGCCAACCAUCCCACCAGCAAGUGAGACAGAAAUUAAGUAAUCCGGUUACUAAUUAUACUUAUUACAAUACCAGAGAGACAAAUGCUCUUUGUCAUGUUCAGUUUUAUUUUUAGUAAUUUUGACGUUGGCAUCAUUAUGUUAUUCAUAGCAGUAGCGAAGAAGAGGAUGACGAGUAUUUUAAUUGUAUGAUAUAAAUAGCUCUUUAAACUAUUUGCCCUUAUUAUAUGUUGAAGGUUUGAAAAAUAUUGCAACUGCCGUGGAUCCAACUUCACUCUGCCACACUCAUUGGUUCGGUGUUCAACUAUGUGUUUAACUAUUUAACGUAAUUAUUAGCUUUGUGCUUUCUUUUAAAUAAAAAUUUCCAGUAAUGAA